AUGCAUUAUUCACUUGUAGAAGGAUCUUAAUAAACUGAUUCCAUUCAUUAUCCUUCUAAAAUUCACGUUAGAUAUCCUUCUUAAUUGCAAAUGGGUUCUCCUAGAAUAAUUCUCUUGCAAAAUCACUUUCCUGCUGUGAAGCCUAUCAUUGUAAGAAAACCCCAACAAGGAUCAAACUUGAAAUAACUCAAAAAUGCUUACUACACCAAUCGAUAACCCGUCAAAACUCUCUGCAACGAAUAAUUGGAAAUACCAAAACAGGAGAAAAUACUAAAAGAAAAAAACAAAAAACUAUAAUUAAGGAAAAAUAUGACCAGAAAAUUAUUGAAAAUUACUGAGUAUCUAGCUUCCUACAGAAAGCCCUGA